AAAUUGUUAAAUAUAAAGUUAAAAUAUUUUUAUUAUUUUAUUGUAUUUAUUGCUUUAAAUCUUGUCAUUCCUUUAUAACAAGCUCGAGAAUAUCGUCAGAUUCCACUGCCGGAUCCUCUACACAUGCAGAAUGUUUCAAAGAUCAAAGUAUUUUGUUGUAUGAUUAUAGAGGGAUUAUGUAAUCCUUAUAGUUAUUUUGAGAUAGGGUGAAUAUAUGAUCGGAGAAGGUUUGCGCUAAGAAAUCUCGAAAUCUACGUGUUGAGGUACCGUUCGAAAUGGGAAUGGAUUCAGUUGUGAAUAAAUAAAACAGAUGAUAUUUGAAAUUAAAUGUCUUCGUUAAAAGUUUCCUUGUAUUGGAGGAAGAAAGAGUGAAAGAGAGGAAAAUUAGGGAAAAAAAAUACAAAACAUGCAGCCGAAAAAGAAUACAUUUAUCAUCGCUAGCGCAAAAAUCCAUGUUGACGUCUCGAUAACAUUCAUUUGUAUUUUUAUAUCUAACCGAUUGAUGCUAUCCUGACUGUUGCAUGACGAAUGAUAUAUUGCACUGAUUUUUGCAAAAGAUACGGAUGUUUAUUUUCGCCAGCGUUGUUCCUCCGUGUUUUGUUAAUAUCUCAUAUAAACGAGAUAAAAACACAUUUUGUUGUUAGAAUUGAUGUUUCUUUAUAAGAAAAAUGUUUGCGAUAUUAUAAAUAGAAAAUGUUUUAAAUUAUUUUUUGUCCUAUAUUUUUUUAUAUAGAUAUACGUAUAUGUGUAUAUGUGAAUGUAGAUGAUUAUGAGAGAGUACUUCUUGAUGUUAGAACAAUUACGAGUUAGCACAUUGCUAUUACGUUAAUUAAUGUACACAUAAGAAAAUAACGAGCUGAUAUUAAAUUGUUCUAGUAAAAGCAAGAGUUAAAUUUUUUUUGCAAUGUAGUUGAUGUUUCAGAAAUAUCUGUUAUAUUCAAUUAGAUUACACAUAUAUUUAUAUCUUUCGUUAAUACUAUUAUCUAGAAAACAAAGGAUUGCCAAUAAGAAAAUUUCGACAUUUUUUUGCUUUAUUAUGGAAAAACACAGUAAAUGUAAAAGAGAAUAGUAAAAUGUUGAAAGACCAAGGAAAAAUAAGAUUUUCGCAAAAAAAUGUUUUUAAUUUAAUAAAGAUAAUUUUUUAUGUUCUUCACUGAUUACUCAUUGGAGAAAUACAUCAAACAAACGGUGAAUUUUUGUCACCAAGAAUGUAUAAAAAUCUCAAUCUUUAUUAACAUAUCAGUUAUUGUAUUUUUCCAUAAAUAUUUGAUAUAAUCAAUUUAAUUUAUCAGUAAAGCGCAUGUUUUAUCGUGAUUUAGUUGCUCCUUUUAAAUUAUUAGUGAGCCAUUAGAAGCUAAUGUUUGUACAAUUGUACAACUAUAAAAAUCAUCUUUUACGUCUAAUUAAUUAGUUUAAUUUGUUUAUUUACCAGUUAUUUACCCUAUGGUCAUGGCUACCGAUGAGGAUCACGAUGUACCAGCCUAUCUUGUUGUACACGACCGAAGAACAUGGAUGCUCUUUGACAACGUUCUAUGUCCGAGUUGAGCAACAUGAACCGACCCUUCUGAUGAUAAAAACCUGUAAUAAUGAGGUAUUUGGAGCUUACUGUUCUACUAGAUGGUGCGAGCGUAAUUUAAAGGACGAUAAGGGUCAAAGACAAGCAUACUUUGGUACCGGUGAGACAUUCCUGUUCAGUUUGUAUCCUGAACGAGCCAAGUAUCCUUGGAUAGGCAUGGAUUCAUCGCACAAUGACUCACGAGUACAUCAUUCAGCCGAGCUGUUUAUGGCUGCUGAUUCGAAGAUGAUAACUAUCGGUGGCGGGGACGGUCAGGCGAUCUGGAUGGACGAGAAUAUAAGAUUCGGCAAGACGGAUCGGUGUUCGACCUUUAACAAUCCACCCCUCUGUGCUAGUGGUGACUUCGAGAUCAGAGUGUUGGAGGUGUAUGGCUUCUCUGGUGCCUGAAGAGGGAAAAAACAGCGGUGUAUUAGUUUGUUUUAUUCCCUACUGCCAUUUAGCGACUCUCUUUCUACAUAUACGUACUAAACACUGUGUUAUAUGUAAUAAAUGUGUCUCCGCAUAUCAUUCUCUUUAGCAAAACUAUGCGAAGAACAAUGUGAGAUUUGGCCAAACAUUAUAAGAGAACGAAAAUAUUCUAUUUGGUUGUAUAUAGAAAUAUUUUGCAUUUCCUUAUGUAUUUAAUUUCUGAAAAAUAUUUGACAUUUUUUCCACAUCGAAUUUAGAUCUUAUGAGAUCUGGACUAGUAAUAUUUAGCCUGUUGUACAAUUGAAAAGAAAAAUGAUGCUAUUUAUAAAAAAGAAAAUAUUAAGAUUAUGUAAGUUGGGCAGAACAGAUAAUAAGUAAAACAACGUAAUUUUUAUUGUUAAUUAAGUAAUCUAUAAAUGAAUCGGUUUAAAAAUUCUACAUAUUAACAAUAAAAUAUGCUUAUUUUACAGACAAUUAUCUCAUCUUACAUUGUGCAAUCAAAUCAAAUAUUUUUGUCCUUUUAAAUUGAACAAAUUUCACAAAGUACAAUGCGUCAAGGUACACUCUACAAAAUAACAACUGUUUACAAUUAUUGCCAGCUGUGCAUCUAUCGAUUAUUGGUGGCAAUAAUUGAUGAGCAAGAAAUCGAUUCACAUAUGACUUAAAAAUACAUUAUAAUGAUGACUUUUCGGAGCAAUUAUGCGUAAAUGAUAUAACGUCAAGUAUUGUUAGUAAUAAAUGGUCAACAGUAAUGACUUAUAGAUUCAUAAGACUGCUGUGUUUUGUGAGUCUAUAGGUAUACUUACAUCAUAAGACAAUUAAAGCUAUGUUUCAAAACGGGUAGCUUGUUAUAACGAUUAUUGUCUGCAAUUUAUUGCAAAGUGUUGCAGGUAGUUAUUUCAGUAGUUUUGGAUACUUGUUAGUCCAUAUGCAAAUACAAAGAUAUAUUUAUAUUAAUAAAAUAUCUCCCUUCUGAACAUACCUUGGCAUAUCGAGAGAGAGAGAGAGAGAUGUAUCCGUGAUUGCCUAGAUAGUAGUAGUAGUAUUGCUUAUGAAUUUAUUGAGACGAAAAAAGAAAGACUAGACCUUUUGGCGUUUUCUCUGCCGCUUGAGAUUAUUCUUUUUUGUCGUCUCUUUCACUUAUUGUUAGCAUGCAAUGAUCAUUCUCUUCAUUUUGCAUGUAUAUUGUAUAUGUUUAGACGACUUGACGGCGAGUAACUCCUGAAUCAAGUUCGACAUUAAGCGGCUUAAAUAAAUUUCGAUUGUGCAAUAUCGAAAUUUGUUCUAUUUUAUGCUUUUUCACUUUUCUAAUCAUGCCGAUAUUUUAGAAUUAAAAUGCUAAUUCUAUUGCUUAAAAUAUUAGAGAAAGAUUAGAGAGAGGUGGAGUCAAUUUUUAUUUUCAUUUUUGUCAUCAAUAACAGGCUGUUUAAUUUCUUCCAUUUCAAAAUAGAGUGACAUUACUUAUUCUUAUUGCGAGUCACUGAUACUCUGCUCUAAAAAUUAUUCAUAGUGCUCACACGUUGCACACAAUACUUGUUAAAAGAUUUUUCUUUCAUUUUUGUCGAUCUGCAAUUUUAUUCUAGAGUUUACCCGUCAUCGAGAUACGAAACGGAACGAAAAACAAAAUACAUAUUAAUCUUUAAAAUUUAGCCACGUCGUUAUUGCAAACUGAGCUUCGACAAUAAGCUACGUUGAAGGCCAUAUAGUCGCGAUGCGAAAUUUCGCGAUUUUCGUAUGUACAUAUAUAAAGAGCACGCUGAUUCGUUUAAACGAAUACUUAAUAUUCAUUGAAUUAGGAAUUAUUGUUAUAUGUAUAUAUAACAGUGUAUGUAUUUUAUUUAUAUAUGUGUAUAUGUACAUGUGUGUGUAUA